UUCUAAAUCCAACAUUUAGAAUGAACUUUUAGGCCAAAUCAUUCAAUUAGAGACUUCUAUAUAUACCAUUAGCAGCCAACAAUCUUGAGAGACAAGCCACAGAAGAAAAAAGGUUGAUAGAGAAAAAUAUAAUUAGGGUUUUCCUUUAUUUUCUUUCUUGAUCGAAAACAUGCAUAUGCCAGCAGCCAUGAUGAACUUCCAUCGAAGCUUUCUUGCUCGCCAAACAUCACCAAGUAAGAUGGCAAUUCGUUUUAUGACAAAUAAAGCUUUUGAUGUUUUUAUUAAUCAUAGAGGCAUUGACACCAAGAGAACUAUAGCAACCUUACUCUACGAUCACCUUUCACGACUAAACCUACAACCUUUCUUGGACAACAAGAAUAUGAAACCAGGAGAUAAGUUGUUCGACAACAUCGAUAACGCGAUAAGGAAUUCUAAGAUUGGUGUUACUGUUUUCUCACCAAAUUAUUGCCAGUCCUACUUCUGCCUUCAUGAAUUAGCUCUUAUUAUGGAGUCUAAGAAGAAGGUCAUUCCCAUCUUUUGCGACAUUAAGCCUUCACAACUUCGUGUUGAGAACAAUAGAGUUCCAGCGAAGGAUUUCCAAAGGUUCAAAUUAGCUCUUGAGCAAGCAAAGUAUACCGUAGGGCUCACGUUCGACUCUUUAAACGGAAAUUGGUCGGAUGUGGUGACAAGUGCUUCAGAAAUUGUGAUCGAAAGCUUGAUUGAGAUGGAAAGUGAGGAGCAGAUGUUUAAGAGAUUGGAUUGAAGAUUACUCCAAUGACUCUUUGAUCAGGCUCAAAGCUAUGGUGAUGCCAUCCAAGAGUGUUAAUAUUUCUUCAUCACAUUUUCUAUGUUUUCAUUUGCAUUAUUCAAUUCGUGUUAAUAAGCCUAAUGAU